UAGUUGCUUCACAAGUGCAAUCAGGUUAGUCUGAUCUUGUCUUGGUGCUGUCAGAGGUAAUAAAAACGCUCUCAAGCCGCAAGACUUUAUGUGGAUGAAGUUAACGGUACACCGCAGAACAGCCAAAGAGAGCGAAACACACAGAAGAGAACCGAGAGGAAUGUCCACUCCUGGAAGCAGCUCGUCAGUAUAACAUUCUUGAGCUUUUACCUUUCUCUUUUCAGAAGGCUCACAUUGUACAACAGGCAUGCAGGAAUAGGAAUCCUACAUAAAUGUUUUGUUCCUGCCCUGAAAGGACUGCUGCUCCUUACGCUGCACUGUGACAUCAUGGCUCUUUGCUGGAUCUCCAUACAUAGUGUGGUGGUGGUGUGGUCAAUUAUGUGUUCAUUCACAGCAAAUGUAAGAUCUUCACCAUGUGCUGAGGUCCAUGCUCCAUCUACAGUGGUACUGGCUGGCUCCCCAGUCACAGUAUCCUGUUACAUUAAAGAAGACUGUUCACUAACAAAAGGCCAAGAUUUUCAUGUGGAGUGGCCUUACCAAGCUAAUUUAAACUAUAGUGAUGUAGCCAAUCAGAAUAAAAGCAUUUAUGAAAUCAUCAUACACAAGUUCACAGACAGGACAGCAGUGCUGCAUUGUGCCAUCUGCAAACAUGAAGACUGCAGUGUAGUAGCUGGAGUGGAAAUCAAAGCAGCAAAUCCUCCUCCAGCCCUUCAGAACCUGACUUGCUUAUUAAACUUAACCGUACCAUACUCGCUGUUGUGCACGUGGAACCCUGGUGAAGAAACAUCAAGCAUUCCAACAACCUAUACUCUUCACACAGAAAUCAGAAAUCAGGCUUUUAAAUAUGUUCCGCCACCUGGGAAGCACUUCUACAGGGUCCCACGCAAUGGCUUUGCCUUGUUUUAUGAGGUACAAGUUCACGUAGAGGCAGUGAAUGCCCUGGGCCGAUCCACCUCUGAGCACUGGGUGAUGGACCCUAUGGAAACAGUUAAGUUGGACACUCCAGAGAUUCAGAAGGUUGGAACAGAGAAAUACGGAUGCCUACGACACAAGUGGAGUCUCUCAGAACGACAGAGGUGGAUUGUGAAAUAUAUGUGUAUUGAGAUCAGACUUACACCUAUGCAUGGAAAGGUUUCGGACAGACAGCAGGUUUCAUUGCGUAAUCAUAGUAAACCUGGCACAAUUGAUGUGUGUGACCUGCUUCAUGGAAUGAUGUACCAGUCUGAGAUGAGGGUGAGGUAUCGCAGCAGCCCAUGGAGCGAGUGGAGUCAUCCCACAGUGGCUACUACCCUCAUUAAAGCUCCCACUGGCCGACUGGUCACAUGGUUGAAGCUGCUGGGGCAGUCAGCAAACAGGCGUCACCGAGCUGAACUGUUUUGGAAGCCAUCUUUGCAGUUCCGUGCCAACAGCAUGAACGUGUCUUACAUCGUUUCACUCGUGAGACCACCCAGCCAGAGGAAGACUGUGUGUAACACUUUCCAGCAACACUGUUCUUUCCAGAUCCCUGUAGAUGUCAGAAAGAUCCAUCUGACAGCUGUGAACACAGCAGGAAAAUCCAGUCCUACUGAGGUGGCAGUGUACAAACAUACAGAACAGGACCCUGUAGCUUAUCUGAGAGUUUAUCCAGAAUCUGAAGAGUCUGUGCUGACAGAAUGGUCAAGCCCAGUAUCCUCAGCCGUUAGCACGUAUGUGUUAGAAUGGAAGGCACUGCAUGAGGAAAUCCCUCAAAUUUCCUUUGAAAUUGUGGACAAAAAUCAGUCCAGCUUGGUAGUAGCAGGUCUGGAGCCUUACCAGCCAUAUAAUAUUUCAAUAUACCCAAAGUAUAAGGAUGGCAUUGGCCAGCCUUAUACAGUCAUGGCAUACACAAGACAGAAAGCUCCCUCUAAAUCUCCAGAGCCACAGUUUGGAGAGAUCAGAUCUUCAUAUGUCGAGCUGUACUGGGACGAAAUCCCACUGCAGAAUAGGAAUGGAAUCAUUACUAGCUAUCGGGUUUUCUACUGGGAUGACGAGAACCGUGUAAGAGUUACAGACCUUGAGGGGACAGAGAAACGUGUGGUUCUGAAGGAUCUUCGACCUUCUUCCAUGUACAGCAUCAUCCUCAUGACUAGCACAACUGGUGGGAGCAUCAAUGGGACAACUGUCACUGUGAAGACCCCUUCUAUUGAUGCCUUUGAAAUAGUUCUAGUUGUCAUCCCGGCCUGUGUUGGGCUGACACUUCUCUUCCUUGGAGUGUUUACCUGUUUCAGUAAUAAUAAAUGCUUGAAGAAGUGCUUGUGGCCAAUGAUUCCUGACCCGGCUAACAGCAGUAUUAAAAAGUGGACAAUAACCAGUUCACUGCAGGACAUCCCCUCAUUUAAAGAGGUCAAGGACCCUGUCCUGGUGUAUCUCUCUCACUUCAGUCUUCUGAGCUUGUCUGAGAAAGAGCUGUGGAAGGGAAAUCCUUCAACAUCUGAGUACCUCCACUCUUGCAAAUGGUCAUACGAUGGUAAAAGUGUUAAUGACGACCACUCUGACUCGUCCCGUGAUUCAGGAAUCUAUAACUCAGGGUCUCAGACUGAGUCUGUGCCCUAUGCCACUGUUGUGUUUGCCAAUUCAUAUCGCUCUCAGCCUGCAGCUCCACCAGCCUACCUGCGCUCUGAAUCCACACAACCCCUCCUGGGUGAAGAGGAACCUUCCAGUCCUCGUCCAUAUGAGAAAAUGUUAACUCAAGCAGAACCCUCUGAAGCAGACCAUUUUUCCACAUUUCAGGAGGAUUUAGGGAGCAAACAAGAAAGGGUUUCACUUUGGGAAGAUUUCCCUAUGCUCAAAUCCUUGGAAGUCAAGGGCAGUAGUCAUCAGGCCUGAAUUCACUUUGACCUGGCAUAACAGAAAGCAUAUCUGUGACUCUUAUUAGUGCUGGCUUUGGAAUUGGCAGUGGACCAUUUUGCAGUCUAAGACUUUAUUGGGAAAUGAUGUUGUAAACACAUAUGAAUGGUCCUAAAUGAAUGCAACAAGUUUAUCAGCAGCAAUCUGUGCCCCAUACAGUACUGUUCAAAGGUCAGAAAUGACAUUUCCUUUAUUUCAUUUUCAGUCAAAAUGGGAAAGUUCUCAUUUUUCAGUACAUGGAAAAAAAUUACAAAACAAAUAUUUUAAAAAAAUGAAAUGAAAAUUCAGACAGAAUUGCUUUCAGGUUCCUAAAGAAAUCUGCAUGGAUAUUUCCCCACACCUCCAAAGACAUUCUGUCUUAGAAGUUGGUUGUGUUUUCUGCUUCUCGAGUAAUCCCAAACACAUUCUGUGAUGUUGAGGUCAGAACUCUGGGGUGGUCAAUCUAUUGUUCAGAGAACACCCGUAGCUUCUGUAGAAGAUUUGUAAAUAUUCUCCUUUUUAAUCCAUUUCCUUUUCUCAGUAAGGGCUUUUUGACAUCUACACAUCCUUUCAGACCCACAUCACUGAGUUGUUCUCUCACAGUGGAAGGGUUGACAGAAACACAUGUGGAUUUUUUCA